UCUUGUGCUUCCUGCAAAAUAGAAGACAGAAAAAUAUCUUAACGUAGGUGGAGCUGAGAUCGCUUCCCUUUGAUGAGAAAGUUACGCGUUUAACCUACUAGAGUGCGCAAUUCUCACACACGUCCUCGCAUGAAGAACCGAACGGUCUCUUCCAUCAAGUCAAGGACUGUACAGCCUCUCCAAGCGCGCGCAUUAUACAGCCAAACCAUAGUUAUUGUCCUCCUUCCUCCCGUUUAUUUAAGUUUUCCUUUGCUGUAUCCGUACAACUUUCCUUUUUUUUCUUCUUUUGGAAACCUGGAAGACACCCCAGACCUGCGCUCACUUCAGUAUGCGCUUGGCGCACGGAGCGCACUCUUGGCGAGCUCUUCAUCGUCAGGCGCAGGGAUGAUGUUCAACUCAUCGGGCUCGCUAGAUUUCUUCUCGUUCACUCACCCCGAGGUCGCGUCGGAAGUUCUCAAUGGUUCCUCACACUUAUUUUACAACAUCUCAAUGGCCAUGUGGAACAAAUCCUGCGGGGAACAAUUGCUCGAUUUUACCACAGCGGAGAAGAUUGUCAUCGGAAUGAUGCUGGCCAUCAUCACCACCGUGACGGUGAUUGGAAAUAUGCUGGUGGUGAUCGCGGUGUGCGUCGUUAAAAAGCUCAGACAGCCGUCCAACUAUCUGCUGGUGUCUCUGGCCGUGGCAGAUCUCUCCGUGGCUAUUGUGGUGAUGCCAUUCGUGAUCGUGACGGACCUCACGGGAGGAAAGUGGCUUUUUGGAGAGGUCUUCUGUAACAUCUUCAUCGCCAUGGAUGUGAUGUGCUGCACUGCAUCCAUAAUGACGCUGUGCGUGAUCAGUGUGGACAGGUAUCUUGGGAUCACCCGCCCUUUGACCUACCCUGCUCGACAAAAUGGCCAACUGAUGGCAAAGAUGAUCUUUGGUGUGUGGCUUGUGUCUGCCUCGAUCACACUACCGCCAUUCUGUGGCUGGGCGAAGAACGUUAACACGGCUGGCGUUUGUCUAAUCAGCCAGGACUUCAGCUACACCAUCUACUCCACCGCCGUGGCCUUCUACAUACCCAUGAUCGUCAUGCUCUUCAUGUACUACAAGAUCUUCAAGGCUGCCAGAAAAAGCGGUGCCAAACAUCGUUUUACCGACUUCUCCCGUCGGGGUCGCCUGGAAACCGUUGCCAGCGAAGCUCUGAGAAUGCAAGGCCUAAAACCCCAACAUACACCUGGUGUAGCUGAGGAGUGCGCUGCUCUUUCUCGCUUGCUCAGCCGUGAACGACAGAACAUUUCCAUCUUUAAGCGAGAGCAAAAGGCAGCUACGACACUGGGCGUGAUAGUUGGAGUUUUUGGCAUUUGUUGGCUGCCGUUUUUCAUUCUAUCUACAGCGAGACCAUUUAUAUGUGGGGUCAAGUGUAGUUGCAUACCAAUAUGGCUGGAGAGGACGCUGCUGUGGUUUGGAUAUGCCAACUCGCUAAUGAACCCCUUCAUUUAUGCUUUCUUUAACCGGGACCUGCGCUCCACAUACAAAGACUUGCUCCGUUGCAGGUAUCGGAACAUAAACCGCAGACUGUCGGCUGUAGGUGUGCAUGAAGCACUAAAGGUUUAAAAGUAGUGUGGUUUGGCCUAAAUUUGAUUUACAUGCAAUUCAGACAGGACUGAAUCAUUGUCAUUCAAGUAUGACUUUGAAGCCAAACAGUGAGCAUCGCUGCAUCCACUUAUUGGAUUUUUGUAGAAACAAUGUGAACAAAAGACAGAAUUCACAGCCUCAUGGUCAUUCAGAAUACUCAUAUUUCAGUUCCAUUAAAGCAUCUGGACAGUAAUUGUUUCAUUAUUAGUAUAGGUAUACUGUAUUAAGCCUGGUUUCAGUGAGAGUUAGACCUACUAAAAUAAUUGACUGAAAGUUCAGCACUUGAUUCUUGAAACAUGAGUGAAGACAUUGACUGUUGAAUUCAUUAAAAAAAAAUUAUAUAAAUCAUUAAAACCUAUAUAAAUAUAAAAUAAUAUUUAUUUUCUUAAUACACUCAUAAUUCUGUUUUAUGUAUAUACUUUACCAUUAAAAAUGGGAGGUUGUAAAGAAAUUAAUAUCUUUAUUCAGCAAGUACACAUUUGAUUUGCUUAAAAGUGACAAAGCUUUUGCAACAACUUAAAAUUCUUUAUUUCAAAUAAAUGGUGUAUAUUAAAAUAAAUGCCACAGUUUCCACAAAAAUAUCAAGCAGCACAACGGUUUUAAACAUUGACAAUAAUAAGAAACAUUAUUAAUAUUAACAUUAUGUACCACUGAAGACUAUAGAAGAAGAGAAAUGGUGACUCAAAAUUCAGCUUUACCAUUACAUAAAAAGAAGAAAAUUAUAAAUAUAUUACGAUAAAAAAAAUUAUAGUUGUAAUAAUAUUUAACAAUUGUACUUUUUUAUAUACUGUAUUUAUCAUCAAAUAAAUAAAGAUAAAGAUAGGAGACAUUCUUUCAGAAACAAACAAACAAAAAAAAGUACCGACCCUAAACUUUUGAACGGUAUUGAUUUAUGUUCUUAUGACAGUGAGCUAUAACUGAUUGUUAUACUUUUAAUAAAAUGGUCGCUUUGUAUAAAGAACAGUGGCUAUUGGCUAUUUUCAAAACUAAUGAAACUAUGGUUCUUGUUUUGGCCUCAUCUCUCAAGAAUCAGUGUGAAUCAAUUAUAUAUUUUCAUUUUGAAAUACAGAGUAAAUUCUGGUGAAUAGGGACACUUUAAAUGGUCAAAUGUGGCCAAUAUUACCUUAAUCAACCCUAUACAGUAUUUAAUCAAUGUUUGUGCAGCUUGCACUAAAAUAAUGAUAUCCUAAAAUAUCCUUCUAUACAUUAACAUUACAUGUUUGUGAUUUCAAUCUAUAAAUUCUCAGUAACUAGCUCAAUUUUGAGGUCAUAAAUUGAUGGGGUUUGAUUAUAGGGAUGCUCUUGGCAGUUACCUUCUCGAAGCUGUUAAUUUUCUCAUCAUAACAAUAGAUUCCGCAAUGUGGAACAAAAAUGUAAAUCUUUACACCUGCCUCCUUCGUGUUUAGCUAGUCAUUGGUUCAUUUAUCUGCAUUAAGCAGAGAUCAUGCUCAUUUCCCUCCAUCUCUGAGUGUUCUGAGAAAGUAUGCAGCCACCUUAAAGCAGAUUUUCUGUACAUAUCUGGCAACCGAGUCUCCAGAGGAGUAAAAAUAAGGGCUUGUGGGCAGUUGUCACUAUGAGGCUUGACUGAUAUUGGAAAUCCAUCAGAACAUGUGUGUGCGUGAGUGUGAAUCCCUGCCUUGAGACUACAAGAGACAGGACACUCACCUUGCUUUUCCGAUGACUCAGUCCGUCUAUUUUAAGAACUUUAAGAACAUGGAAUAGCCGGCUGUCUUUGAUGGAACACCUGACUCUGCCAGCCAUUGUGCAUAUGCUGUGAUCUGGCAUUGUCAAUUUUGUACCCUUUUUUGACCUGAUGUGGCAAUUGAAAAGACUUUCAAUGCCUUUAAGUGUCUCUUCAACCAUGAAUGAUGAAACUCAUGGUAAGUAACAUUAACUGAAGUCUUGUGAAAUCUUGUGUUAAUGACUCUUAACAGAUAGAUUAUUGAUGGAACAUCUUGACGUGGUUGUUUACACACAGGAGAAGUGUUCUUGGUGUACAGUUCUAUAUGUAUGUUGCCAAAUCUUUGUGAGAAGCUUACAAAGCGUUUCUUGUCACAGAUUUUAACCCUGCACCAGAAAUUUUUGCAUUUUUGUGUAUUACCUUUUCCCACAAGGACUACACUAAGUGUUUUGCCAAGAUUGUUGAUGUAAAACAAAGCAAAAAGGAAGUCAAAGAGAGCUAAGAAAUGAAAUAAAUUGGAAAAAAAAAAGAAAAUUAGGUACUUAUUUGACAAUUUUGACUUCUCAUUCAGACAAAUUCCCAUCAAAGUGUCUCCAGAAUCAACAUUCCUGAGGGUUGUACAUGAUCUAUCUCUGGCACUGAUUUCUUGUACAUGACAACAAUGGCUGGAUAUCUAAGAACCAUUGUAUACCUUAAGUUAAAGAUGUAUUUUGUGCAUGGUUGCCAGAAACCAAUGGCUGUCAGUUACUGAUGCAGUUUUAAAAUACAAUAUAAAUUGAUUAUAUAUUGGAAACACUUCAGCAGGAAAAUUCAGCCAAAUAUGAAAAUUUGCUGAAAAUGUACUUGCCCUCAGGCCAACCAAGUUGUAGAUGAGUUUGUUUCUUCAUCAGAACAGAUUUGGAGAAAUUUAGCAUUACAUCACUUGCUCACCACUGGAAACAAACUCAUCUCGGAUGGCCAGAGGGUCAGUCAAUUUUCAGCAAAUUUCCAUUUUUGAGUGAACUAUUCCCUUAAUGGUGCUUUGACACUACAGUAGAGCUUUUUAUUCAGAUCCAAAUUCAUUUUGACUUAAGAGUUUGGUUUGUUUAGUUUGAUUUCAAUUUUCAGAAACAAACAAUUGGCUUCCUUUCAGUUCAUUCAGAAGUGUACUGGCCACAACACACAGCAAGUUGAAUAUGGGAAGAGAAAUUUACUGAAUUGAAAUUCAACAUAAUGCAUUCCAAGAAAUGAAGUGCUCUUCCAUGUUCAGUCACACACACUACAGAAUAAUGCAUAUCUAAUUGCCGCAUGUUUCUGAAUAAAUAACAGUUGGAAAGCAGCUCACAUUUGCAGUAUCUCUGGCUGAACAUUUGUGGCAGAUAUAUGCCAUAAGCAUUAUUCUGUAUAUAUAAAAUUUUGGAGUUAAAACUAAAGAGACAAUUACUUAUAGUAAAACUAGGAUCAGUCUACUGAGUCAUUUUCUAGCUAGUUACUUCUUGUACUCCCUGUUAUUUAUACUCACACUAAUGACGUAAACACACUGCAAUUACUACCAAAAUCUACAAUGGAAAAAACAUAAAAGAACCAAGUGUGAAAACAAAAUCAAUUAAUAGACAGGGGAUCAUUGUGUUCAUGCAGCAGGUCAUAAAAUACAGCAUACAGUGAAAAUGUUAUACUGUAUUAUAAUCAGCGCUGAGGUAUUCAAGGGUGUACAAUUCAAUAGCUCUGAAUAGAACAACAUAGAGCAGAAGAUGGAGGAGGAUGAAACAUGAUUGAUGUAUAGCAGGCUAAGACAUGUCAUUAUAAUA